CUCUCCUCACCCAGGACGUCCAGCUGGAGCGCACUAUUUUGCCUAGAUCUUACUUGGUGUGUCUGUAAAUCUGCCUCACCAUUCAUCCAGCUCCAUUAUCCAGCAGCUACAGCAGCUACACUGACUGUACGAACGGAUUCCAAGACCAACGAAUCGAACAAUAAUAUACCCAAACACACACAAAUCCACAACAUAACACAACCCAGCAAACAACAUCCACCUCUACCAUAACACCACUUACCAAAUCAAAACUACUACACCUGCACCACCACCACCACCACCACCACCAAACACCACCAAACACCCCGACAACCUCCAAAAUGUCCAGCAUAGACAUCUACAACCCCCUCCCGCUGCACCUCGACCCCACCUCCAAAGCCAUCACCCUCGGCCACCCCACCACCUCCACCUCCACCACCGCCCUAGCCACCGAACUCACAGCCCUGAACACCCUGCACCGCGCCCUCCUCGAAACCCCCUCCCAAAUCCCCCCGCCCCCACUCCCCAUCAACCCCAAGCGCAGCGCCCAGAUCACCAAGCUCCGGGACAGCGCCAACGCGGCAUACCGGAAGAACCACUUCGCGGACGCCGCGCGGCUGUACGGCUACGCGAUCGACAUGGCGCUCGGCCGGCCGGGCUGGGAGCCCGUGACGCUGGCGCGCGACGAGCUGGCGGCGCUGUACGCGAACCGCGCGCAGGCGUGGAUGAGCCAGCGGCUGUGGGUCGAGGGGCUGGUGGAUGCGAGGUGUAGUGUCGAGAGUAAGGCUGUGGGCAAUGUGAAGGCGUGGUGGCGCGGGGGCAAGUGCUUGGUGGAGAUGGGGCGGUGGGAGGAGGCGGGACGGUUUGUGGAACGGGGGUUGGAGAUUGAGGGGCGGGAGAGUGAGGGGGGGAAGGAGUUGGUCGGGUUGCUGGGGGAGGUGAGGGAGGGGUUGGAGAGGAAGAACAGGGUUUGA